GUCCAGUAGACCUUUUUUGUCGCAAAUACUUAAGUAUUAGAGGUGGUUCACCAUGUGAAGGUGAUGAAAAUUCUAAACAAAGUCAAUUGCGCCUUAUUAGAGAAAUGUUGGAUGUGGUAGAAGAAGUUGAUUCCCGAGAUUUUAAUUGGUAUUUAUAUAAUUCAACACAUAAUGUAUAA